AUGUUCGCCCUUCGACGUGCUGCUGCGCGAGCAGUAUUCACGCAACCUGUUCGACAGCUAUCGACGUUAAGACAGACUCAAUCUCGAGCUUCGACGCUGCAACUCGAGAAGCCUACGCUCUAUCGAUCUCUCCAUCAAUCACUCAGAUGGCGCGCAGAGGAGGAGAGGAAACCGGCCGAGCAGGCAGAAGCCAGUCCAGCGGAGGCAGAGACUAGCGGCGAGACUGUCACGACCGAACCAAGCACAGAAGAGCAAAAGGAGAUUAGGGAGAAGAGCGUCGCCGAACCUACAAUCGUGGAGUCUGUAAAGGAGACCGCUGAGAGUGUACGCGAGCAGGCCCAAGAGAAGGCCCAAGAGGCGGCUGAAGGAACCCAGAGCACCGCUAGCAAUGUUGCAGAGAAGGCUCAAGAGGCUGUAUCAGGUGCUGCGCAGAGCAUUCAAAACGCGGCUUCCCAAGUCGCUCAGCAAGCACGUGACAGAUUCCCACCACGCGACGCCCUAAAUCCAGGCUCCCCGGAGUCCGGCAAGAUUCUCUAUGUUGGCAACCUCUUUUUCGAAGUCACCACCUCUCAAUUAGAAUCUGAGUUUGCUCGUUUCGGGCAGAUCACCAACGUCAGAAUCGUCACGGACAGCCGAGGAAUGAGCAAGGGUUUCGGAUACGUUGAGUUCUCAUCGCAAGAGAGUGCGGCCCGCGCUGCGCAGGAACUCAAUCAAGCGACCUUUCAAGGUCGCCGCAUGGCCGUUCAGUUCCACGUCCGCCGCGAGCCUCGUGCUGGUACAAGCAACAGGCCAAUAAGCCCGCCGAGCAAGACCCUUUUCAUCGGCAACAUGUCUUACCAAAUGAGCGACCGCGAUCUGAACGGUAUGUCAAAUCACAGCAGAUGACUUCUUGAGACGCUUGACGAUACUGACGAUUUUUCUCCCACAGACCUCUUCCGCGAGAUUCGCAACGUCCUCGAUGUCCGUGUUGCGAUUGACCGCCGUAGCGGUCAGCCACGAGGAUUUGCGCACGCCGACUUCAUCGACAUUUCCAGCGCUGAGAAGGCUAAGGAAAUUCUGUCGCAGAAAGUCAUCUACGGCCGCCAACUCAAAGUCGAUUUCAGCCAGAGCUCUACCGUCGUCAGAGACCGUGAUAGUCGCUAA